AUUACGAAUACCUACAAACAACAUUCUGGACCAAUACCUACAGCCCCUCCAUUCAUUAACAACUCUACGACAUCAUAUACCACUCGACCUACCUAACUUCGUCGAAAUACGAAAUACAACCCAUGAAGAUCUCAUCGGUCUUCUCUGGCCUUGCGGCCCUAGCCCUGGCCAGCUCAGCCAGCGCCGCCAACCGAACAGCAGCAAUAUACAUCCAACCCGUAUCGCCAUCACCACCGGCACCCACACCUCUCGCCGAGAUCCGGUACAACUCCGCCGCCGCCGCACCCAAAGCAGAAAUCGUAUCGUACGAAGCACCCGAGUUACCAGACGAGACUAAGCUAGUGCGCAUCGGGGUGUACAACCCGGCGACGAAGCGGUGGGAGUCGUCGACCUCGGUUGCGUCCGUGGAUAACUUCGGCAAGGGAUACUCGCCUACGCUGAUACUGUCCGUGGACCAGAAGGGCGAUGCGUUUGGGGCGGCGCUUAAGGGGGUCAGGAUUGAUGCUGGGCAGACGCGCGAUUUUGGCCCGCAGGCUUUGUUGCUUGUUACGGAGCCGGGGAAGCAGCCUGAGUUGAAUAAGCCGAUUGUGCUUUCGCCGGAGGGCAAGACGGUGGUGCCGGAGGAGAAGUCGUUUUUCCAGAAGUAUUGGUGGUUGAUAGGUAUUGUGGUUAUGAUGACAUUGACUGGAGGCGGUGGUGAACAGGGCAAAUGAUAGAUUAGACAGUUGUAUACGAGUUUAAUUGAGGAUAUCCUGAUCCUUUCUAUUCGGGCUAUAUGAUCUCUCUUUGUAUGCUGGUAGUCUUGACUAUGUUUUAUAUCACCUCAUCCGGCUCUCCUGAUUCUACCGUGAUCAAAGCCAGCACUGGGAAAGUAUAUCAGUUUACUUAGGAUAAACUCUAUAGGGUCAAUUUAGAACACUUGUGCUCAUUAGACGUAUCAGUCUACUAAAC